AUGGCACAUUGUUUAAACAAUGUUAUAUUUGAGGAAAGAUUAAAACAGUUUAAAGGACAUAAACAGCAUGUAGGCAGAAAUUCUGGUAAAGAUCACCUUGUCUGGCAGUUGCAGAAGCAGCUUAAUGAUGCAUCUCUGUCUCAUGAGGAAGUAUGGACCCAGAUGCAAGAACGUGAAAGCAAAAUUCAAGAACUUCAGAAUACCAUCACAGAAUUGCAUAAGGAAAUAUCUUUGAAAGACUCUGAAAACCUACAGCAGCUACAAGCCCAGCACCUUUUGGAGAACAGAGUGAAAGAACUAGAGAAACAGGUAUGGAAAUCGGAGGAGACCAUUAUCCAGCUGAGGAAAGAAGCAACAGAGUUCAAGAGCACAGCCUGCAGCAGAGCCCAGGGCAAGAGUGUUAAUGAUGGUCAGUCUUCUUGCAUUCAGGAUAACCAAUUGACUCCAUUCCAAGGGACAGAAAUGCUUAAAUCUGAGCUGGCACGGCGGGAUGCUACCAUUGAGAAUCUUCGGAGAGAUGUACUUCUGUCUCACCAGGCCCGGGACAUCCUCUCUGCUGAGCUGGAUGUCCAGGAGCAAAGAAUCUCUCAGCUACAGACAGACCUCCAAGAGAAGCAGGCAGAGCUACUGAACAGCCAAGCUCGAACUCAACAGCUACAGCAAGAUCUGCACACCACAAGGCACAAGUAUGAAGAGAUCCAUAUCCAAUUGACUGAAGUAAGAAGUCACUUAGCUCGUGCAGAAGGAGAAAACGAGGCCCUCAGAUCAUGCAAGUUGGAGCAAGCAAAUGAGAUUGAACGACUGGUGGCAAAAAUUACAUCUCUACAAGAAGAUGUCAAUGAGAAGAGCCUAGUACUGACGAAGGAAGCAGAAGAAAGAUGUGGUGAAUUGGAAAAGAAGCUGUUAGAAACCACUGGCAAGCUCAAACAAUGUCUGGAGGUUAAGCAAUCCCUGCAAGACAGAGUGCAGCACGCUAGCCAUAGGGCAGAGCAGGACCAAGCUACGCUUCAGGAUGAGCUGGACAGCCUAAAAUUUAAGCACAAUGUUGUAGUGAAAGAGACAUCUGAAAAAAACUCUCAACUCCAAAAGCUGCAGCACAUAUGUGAAGAACUACAGGAAAAACUGAGCAACAGGGAGAGGAUAGCAACAGCACUGGAAGCCGAUCUGAGCUGGCAAAAGGAAGAACUGCACAGUGUGACCCAGAGGCAUGAGAAAAUAUGUCAGGAGCUAAAAGAUGACAGAUGCAGACUUGAAGACCUUUGUGGAAAUUUGAAGGCAAAGGUUGGGUGCCUUCAGGCAAGGUUGGAAGAAGAAAGAGAGGACAAUUUGAAAGAAAUGAACGAACUUCUCCAUCAACUGAAUCAUAAAGAAGAGAUUAUUGAAAAGCUGCAAAAGGAGCAGAAGAAUCUACAGGAUUCAAUUAAAGCAGCUGAGCACAAGAUUGAGCUCGGCAAAUCUCGAGAAGCUGCAUUGCAGAGGCAGCUGCAUUGUGUCGGUCGUGCACAAGAGAAUGAGAGCAGUGAGAGAGACUGGGAGCUGUGGGAGUUGAAGGAGAAGCACAAGGAAGCCGAAAAGGAGUUGGUUCGACUCAAUCAAGAUCUAGAGGAGCUGCGAAUGGAGUUAGCAGAAUCUCAACAAGUUUGUGCUGAUAAAACAAGGAGUUUCCACCAGCAGGGAGAUGUUAUCAAGAGACUGGAAACUGAAAGGCAAAGUUUACAAGAUAUAGUCAGAGAGCUUCAGACCAAGUUGUCUCAAAAAGAAGAGAGAUUAUCUACAGUCAGUAUGGAAUUGGGACCUCUCCGAGAAAGGCUGCAAACCCAAAACUUUGAAAACAACACACUCAGAGAUCAGUUACAAAAUACCCAGGAUGCUUUGAAGAGUGUCUCAUUGGAGCUACAGGAAGCAGAGGAACUGAUUGUUCAGAUGGAGCACAAGACAAAUGAGGCACAAGCCGACCUGGCACAACUGCAGCAGCAGUACUCCACCUGCUACUGCCAGCUAGUACAGGAAGAAGAGAACUGUUCAAAGUUAAAAGCAGACUUGUGCAAUGUCGAGGAAGAGAAGGACAAAUUGUCAGUGCAGACACUGCAGCUUACCAAUGAGACAAAGCGACUGGAGAAUGAACUUGUGGUACUAAUGGAGAAACACAGAGCUGCACAGGACGAGGUUGUUAAAAAGGAGCAAACAAUCCUAAAGCUCACUACAGAUCUGAAAACAACUGAAGAAAGCCUAAGAGUAUUACAAGAAGAGUUAAAUGUAAAAAUGGAUGAAGUGACAACUCUAACAGUAAAGAGAAAAGAUUUACAAAGUGACCUGCAAAGCUUACAGAACAUCCUGAGUGAACGGGAGGCAGAAAUAAGCCAGCAGAAGCAGAGAAUAUUACAACUGCAACAGGAGAAUGAGCAGUUCAUGCAGCAGAAGGAUCACAGUGAAGAGCUUGUGUCUCAGCUGAAAACACAAAUACAGGACUGUGAAACAUUGCGGCAAGAUGAAGUCCAGAAUUUUGAGGCAAAAGUUGCUGAUCUACAAGCUAAACUUGACUUACGCACUCAGGAGUUUAAAGAAACUGUUGGCAACCAACAAGAGCUUAAACUUACACUGGAACGCUACAAAUCAGAUGCAGAAUUGUACAAACAAAUUAUUACAGAGAGAGAGGAGGAAGAAUCAAUGUGGAAGUCCCGUUGUCACACUCAAGAUGCGGAGAACUUGAGGCUUCGUAAGAGUCUGCAGGACUCAGAAACUCAACGUACUGCUGCAGAAAUACGAUGCCAGUCCUUGUCUGACUCCCUUGAUGUUUAUAGGCAGAAAUAUCAAGCGUGUCUAACCAAGGUGACUGAUCUGGAAACUGAAAUCAAGAGCACUGAAGAGGACUUAAAAGAGGCCAAGGCCCAGAGUUUGCAGCAUGAAGAUGAGGUUUUUCGUGUACGUGCUGAGAUCCUAGUGUUAAAAAAAGAUUUAGAGGCACAAAGCGCCCAGCUGGAGAGCAGCGAUGAGGUUAUUGAAACGUUAAGCCAGCAACUCAGAGAAACACAAAAUGAGUCUGAAGCCAUCAAGAAACAUGUUGAAGAAUGCGAGGCAGUGAUCAAUAAUCUAAGAGAGAGGAUAUCAGCUCAUAAAUUGCAGGCAAAGGAGCAAGAAGAGAUGAUGGUCAAAAUACAGACGGACUUCUCAUCUUACCGUGCAACUCACUCACAUUCAGACUCAGAAUUUGACUCCCAGCUUUUGCUCAUUGAGCAACUCAAGCAGGAGCUGGCUGCUGCCCUGGAGCAGUGUAGUAAGCAUGUUCAACAAGUUGGAGAGCACCAGGCACUCAUCCGAGAGAUGAAAGAAGAAGUACAUAGGCUAACAGAGCAGAGGAAUAGCAGCAUUGAAGAAACAACAAGGCUGAAGGAGACAAUAAAACAACUGCAAGUGGAGGUCCUUACAGACAAUCAGCAAAGACAAGCUGAAGUGGUGGACCUGCAGCAUUGUGUCUCACAACUGGAUGCUGAAGUGGCAGAGGCACACAAACAGUGCACACAGCGACAACAGGCUAUCCAAAAAAGAGAUGACCUCCUGAGAAAAUCAGAAUCUCACUUGAUGGAAGCUCGGGACAAAAUUCGAGAGAAGGCUUCAGAGGCUGAGAGGCAAGCCAUUAUAUCAAAGAGCCUCCAGUCAGAUGUACAGAGAUUGCAGCGUGACAUCAAACAGAAAGAAAGACAAAAUGCAUCCUUAGUAAAUGAGAUACAGCAACUGAAGCAGGAACUAACAACCACACACACACAAUACAGAGAAGCAGCACAAGAACUUGCUCGGCAGGAGGAGAAAUUAGUUCUGACAGAAGGAGGGCAACAGAGAGCUCAGGAGCAGCUUGGUGACCGAAUAGCUGAGGUUGUACGGCUUGAGCAAGUGGAGAGGAGACUACAAUGUGAACUUCGAAUGCUCAGAGACCAAGUCAACACUGCAGAGCAAGAGACAGAGGGACACAGAGGGCUUAUUGAAAAGCUGAAAAACGAGGUCGUGCAGACUAAGCAAAAUUACCAGAAUGCUUCUCAAGAUAUGCUGAGGUACCAGCAAGAAGCUCAGAGAUUAGAGCUGGAGCUGGUUGGGAGCAAGGACCAGGUCAGAAAUCUGCAACUGCAGAUACAAGAUCAGGAAGAGAUGGUCUGCCACCUACGAGAUGAGCUGGACCGGGAGCAGACUCAGCAUAAAGAGUAUGUAAAGCAUAUCCAAAACACAAAAGAGCAAGUGAGCAGCCUGGAGAAGGAAAAUGAGGAGUUGAAAGCCAAACUGUCUUCCACAGAGCACCUGCUAAAAGAGAGGGAGAAGAAGAUGGCAAUUCUCAAGCUUAAUUUUUCUGAGCUCAACAGUGCCUCUCAGCAGCUUCAACAAGAAUUCAAAAACUCCCAGUCACAACUGAAAACUUGCAAAAGGGACUUAGAAGCCACAAAAACCUACAGCAAAAAAUACAGUGCAGAGGUCACCGAGUUGGAGGAUACUGUGAAGAAGCUGCAACGAGAAUUAGAGCUUUCUCAGGAAAAAGUGAGACAGGGAAAUGAGGAACUGGUCUAUACUGAGCAGGCACUCAGAGAGCUUAAGUAUGAGCUGACAACAUUAAGGGAGGCACACAAGGAGAGCAUGGACAAAUUAAACGAGAGGAAUCAUGAGGUGGCUAAUCUGCAGAAUGAACUUGGGCAUUUUCAACAACGCCAUUCACAACUCCUGAAGGAAAACACAGGAUAUGGGGAGCAUAUUUUCCUUCUUAAAGAGGAGAUUAAGAGAGCUCACAGCAAGAAUCAGCAUUCAAAUGAUGAGGUCCGAAUGUACGAAAGCAGGUUGUCUGAGCUUAGUUCCCAGCUUGCACUCUCCCAGCAAUGGGGUCAGGAGCAGCUUGAAGCCCUGCAAAAGAGAGAAAGUGAAACAGUUCAUCUGAAAUUGGAGUUGGCAUCUCUAAAGGAUAAAUACCAGGCCUGUAUUAAGGAGGGUGAAGCCUUCCAGACAGAGCUGCAUGAAAUGAAGCAGAAGUAUAUCUCAGCGACUGAUGAGGUACAGACACUGCGUCAGUUGCUCAGUGACGCCCGCUCAGAUAAUUCCCGCCUCUAUCGAGAAAGUGAUCUGGUGGUUGCCAACGUUAACCAGUGGGUAAAAGAACAAAAAGAAUCUAAUGAAAAACUGGGAAACAAAAUCAAAGAACAAAGCAAGCAAAUAAUUCAUCUUACAACUGAAAAAGAGCACUUUGCAGAAAUGAUAAAUAGUGUACAGCAUGAAAACAAAAAACUCAAGACAGAAGUUGAUGAGCGGAGGAUAGAAACAGAGAGACUCAGGGCACUGCAGGCAAGCCAGUCAAAUCAAUAUUCUGCCUUGAACCGCUUGCGCAGCCAAAUGAAUGACCAAGAGCGUUCUACAAGCCUAGCCAUGGCCAACAGUGGAAACUUGAAGACCAGAAGGUCUCUCGCUGCCAGUCUGAAUUACAACUAAAAGAUCCAAUUCAAUGUCAUUAACAACAGCGAGCCACAGGCAUUUACUAUCUCCGGAUCCUUGGAUGUGCCAUUGAUGCAGUUUGGAUAUGUUCAGCUGUUGUGAUAUCCAUCAAACCCACUAUAGGUGCCAAGCAAAACUAGACCCCUUGCAGAAUCCGACAGAUUUUUUGUGAAUGACUUCACUGAGCACAGCCCCUUUCUACACAUUUGUUACAUGAAGUUGGAGGAUACUUGUCUGUAGGGACUGUACAUUUUUGUUUUACCUCAUCCACAUAAACUUUUAUGAUUUUCAUAUAUAAUAUGUAUGGAAUAACUCCACCUCACAGAAGGCUCACUAAUUUAUUUUUUCACACCAGCUUUUCUUAUACCCAACAGAAUGUACUUCUAUCUCAAAGACAGUGAUAUUGUAGGUAAAAGGAAAUGACUGUAAGGUGCCAUUAAAUCCUCUGGUAGGAAACACAAGGAAUGGACUCCAAACAUCUUGUUGCCAUUACCAGCUUGUAGCUGAAUUCUAAACUUAUGAAUUCUGUAAAGUACAAAGCAGGUAAGCUACCACGAAGCAGCCAACUCUUCUAUUUCAGCCAGUGGAUUAGGAUUGUUGCCCAGCCAGAGAAAUCUUUCUAUUUAACUUGCCUAUGGUUUCUUUCUUCCUGAAAGACUUGGUGCUACUUUACCUCAGACCAUUCAGUAACCUACAGUAUGUGCAUCAGGGCACAAAGUUUUAUAUGAGUACCACCUUACCAAAUUUAGAAAUUUGCUAGUCAUUUCAUUAGAUGCCAGGUAUCCUAAUGCGAUUAAGGGUAAUUAGCAGCAUGUUUAGGAGGUCUCUGUGAUUUAGUUAUUAAUAAAAUGUUUUCUGUCUCCUAGAAAAUGUAUAAGACACAGAUUUCAAAACACUUGUUUGUUUAACCUGGGUCAGUAUAGUUUAUGAUAAAUUAUCAGUUUCAACAGUUAUGAUAAAUCACCAGGUUAAAAUGAAUGUUUCCCAGACCUUUUUUUUCAUUCACAAAAUUAAAGUAUGGAGAGUACAGCCCAGAGGACUCCUAAUUAUAUAAAAAUAAAAAUAAGGGAAUCAUUUACAAAAUUCCAGCUAACAUCAAUAUCUGGCUUUUGGCAGCUCUGUUGCCUGUUACAGCUAGUAUUUGAAACUUUAGUGGGACUAGGCUCAUACUAUGAUAUAUUAGGCCAAUGCUUAACAGCCAUUAAUGUCAUAGUGUUUCCAGUAAACUAAACUUAGCAAAAUCAAUAAGAAAGAUAAACUCUUUAAAAGCCAGAAGCACAAUCUGUUUACAAAAAAGGAGCAUAUGUUAUACAGAAGCUUAACACUGUAUAGUUGCAUACCUUCUGCCAGCUUGUUUGUGCAUACAGUAUAUGACUUGAGCUAAAAAGCAAAUAAAUAAAACAUUUAAAAAGGUCUGCUUUUUAACAGACUGCAGCCUGUUCAAAAAUAUUGACAUUUUGGCCUCACCUUCUCGAAUAUGUGACUUCCGCUGGAAGCAUAGAAAAGCAGGUUUUUAACAGGGCAAUGAUCAUGGCCUGAUUUGUGAACCUGAAAGCACCAAGUGCAAAUAGCUGAGCAAAGGAAAGGCAUGGAGGUGAAUCCUGCACUCUUCAACCAUUUGGACAAAAAUUGCAUAUUGUUUUCAUUGUAUUUUGUUGUCACCUUUUAUAGUCUGCUUGCAUUGUGCACCCUUCAGCUCUUUUUAUGUUUCAGAAUUAUAUUUUAUCAGUCUUCAAGAUAUUUUAAGUAAAAGUGAAUUUUUUAUUUAAGGAAGUUCAAAAACUGUACAGCAGCUAGUAGAUUAGCUGUGCUAGCUAGUAAAUUUUUUUUUUAAAUCUAUUAAAUCAGAUAUUAGUACAAAACACAAAAAUCUCUAUGCUGCUGAGCUCCAUUGCAAGUCAUUACAGUACUGUUAUUAAUGACUUUUCAUUUUUAGUUGUGUUUCUCAUUUAACAAUUCAAUGUUGAGUUGCGGGCGGCACGGUGGCGCAGUGGGUAGCGCUGCUGCCUCACAGUUAGGAGACCCAGGUUCGCUUCCCGGGUCCUCACUGUGUUGAGUUUGCUGUUCUCCUCUCCAAAGACAUGCAGGUUAGGUGCAUUGGCAAUUCUAAAUUGUCCCUAGUGUGUGUUGGGUGUGUGUGCGUGC